AGUAACCUUUUCGUUUUCUCGAGAAGCCUCCAAGUAGACUUGCUGGCCCAACUUAAUCACAAAUAAUAUUCAUAUAUUGUUAAUGUGAUACCGUGGCUGUAACGUUUAUUUUUUAAUGCCCGUCUGCCUCCACUAACACGUGCCUGUCCGGUUUAACAUGGUGCACGCGGAUGAAAUUGCCAAAUUGUGCUACGAGCGUUUCAACCAGCUUCCCCGGAGAGGGAAGCCUGAGCCGGGCAGAGAGUGGACCCUGCUGGCUGCUGUGGUCCAAAUCACCCGGUGUGCUGACUCUGACACAGUUAAGAAGGAGGUUGUGUCCCUGGGAACUGGGACCAAAUGUAUUGGACAGACGGCUAUGAGUCCCAAAGGUGAGAUACUUAAUGACAGCCAUGCAGAAGUCAUUGCUAGGAGGGGAUGCAUCAGGUACCUGAUCCAGGAGCUGAACAGGGCCGUGAGUGGUGGGGACAGCUCUGUGUUUUGUCAGGCAGAUCAGCAGGGGAAGUGGAGGCUUCGACCCGGAGUUGUCUUCCUCUUCUUCACCAGUCACACUCCCUGUGGUGACGCCGCCAUCAUCCCCAUGAUUGACAGUCAGUCUCAGCCCUGCCCUCCUGUCUCGUCUGUAAAGAGCCACAAAGAAAAUGAUGGAAGAGGAGACCUGAAAAGGGGAGCUGAGGAACCAAGUGAAGGAAAACACAUUAAACUGCCCCGUCUGGAUCUAGAGGAUGGAGGAGACACAAAACAAUCCCUCCUUCCUAAUUCCCCGAAAAGUGAAGAUCCAUCGCAGAGUCACUCUGCAAAAACACCAGACGUCCUACCUAGCGUAGGACGUCUGGCCCCCGUCCCAGAUGUUCACAGGACGGGGGCCAAGUGCGUCUCAGGCGGCCCAGCCGACCCCCUGCACCCCGGGUUGGGGUACCACAGCACAGGGGUGCUCCGGGUAAAGCCCGGGCGAGGAGAGCCGACCCAGUCCCUCUCCUGCAGCGACAAGCUGGCCCGCUGGGGGGUGCUGGGUUUCCAGGGCGCGCUGCUGUCCCACUACCUGCAGGAGGCACUCUACUUCAGCACUGUGGUGGUGGGGAAGUGUCCAUACAGCCAAGAGGUCAUGCAGAGAGCUUUGGUUACAAGGUGCUCCCAUGUGUGGGACCUCCCUGCUGGUUUCUCUGUGUGUCCACCUGAGCUGCUCCAUUCCAGCCUGGAGUUCCCCUUCAGCCAGGCCCAGACCGAGCUCCGACACCAGGCGGGACAGGGACGCAUCUCGCCCUGUGGAGCAGCCAUCAGCUGGUGUAACGUGACCAAGCGGCCAAUAGAUGUCACCGCCAACGGCUACAAACACGGAGUCACCAAGAAGGCCUUGGGCACAGCUAAAGCCAGGUCUCUCCUGUGUAAACUGGAGCUUUUCCAUUCCUUCCUGUCUGUGGUGGCGGCCACUGAUCCCGGAGCACUUCCUGACUCCCUCAGGAGAACAGAGUUGAAGAUGUACUGGGACUUCAAGCAGGCUUCCCGCUUGUAUCAGCAGGCCUGGCAGCAGCUGCACAGCCAGGCGUUCCCUCUGUGGCCACGCAGUGACAGAGAUCUGCUGCUCUUCCACUGAAACGCUGCUCUGCAACUGAAAAUGUCCUUGUCGGUGGUCCAACUUGCCCAGUUGGGUUCAGCUGGUCAGUGAGGUUUGAGGUCUGGAUAAAUAUUGUCUGGCUAUUUUUGACUGUCCACUGCCCAGGGGGCCACUGCUUGAGGACACCCUGCUCCCUCAUUCCGUUCACAAGAGGUUGACGACGGCCGCUCAGUGUCCUCAUGUUACGUGUUGUGUUUUCUCCCCUCCUGCCCUUCCUUUUUUUCUCUCUCCCUCAGUCUCCUAUCCUAGCAAACAGGCGAUUGGAUUCCACCUGUGGGGGCCGGUUGUGCUGAUUGGUGGGUGGCACCAGCGGCAGGCUGGCCAAUCGGCAGAGGGAGAGCCGCAGAUAAAAGGCAGGAAGCCUCGGAGUUCAGGAGGACUUCACUUCAUACUGGGUUUAUGUCACUUCUGAGAACUGAACUUGUUAGUGUUUGUGGUGAGAGGUUGCGGACAGUAGGUGAGUCUGGGGUACCCUGUACAUUGGCGCACACGUAGGAUUUUCUGUGUCUAGAUGCACUAGGCUUAUUGGUCGGUGCCUCAUCUGUAUUUGGGUUUUGGUCGAGCACAUUUAGAUAAGUUAGAGAAGACAUUUUGUUUGUUGAUUUCAGAGGUUAGUUAGUUAGGCCAAGUUCUGUUAUCAAUUGUUUGGCACGACCACACCUGUCCCAUCCUCUCCCAAAUCUUGUGUUGAGACUCGCUCAUCUUUAACUGUCAGUGAGCAUAAUAAAUAUUGUUUAUGGUACACAAGCUAUUUGUUUUUCAUUUGGGUUGUUUUGUGUUAGUCCCUAAAUCCUUCCCCUGGACAACAGAGAAGGGACGUAACACCUCAGAUGAAGGUUUUAUUUUCACAAUGUGUGUGACAUGUAGCGACUGCAGCCGGCUAGUGUUCGGGUUGUGAAAACACAGCUGGACGUCUUUGUAUUCUCCUCCCACAGUCAUUCUGCUGAGGUAAACCGACCACAAUAAUGAUUACACGCGUGUCUGUAUUCGGCUUGUGAUGACCUGUAAACCUGACCAGGGUGCUUCCCGUCCUCUUGUUCUUUGUCGUAAAGACAAAGAACAAGUUGAACCUGCAUAUUUCUGCACAACAGUUAUGUCCCUCAUCGAAGACCGGAUACUAAAUCCCCGUAGGGAUUGAGGAUCAGUUGUGUUAUUGCUUUAGCUCAGCAGAUUCCACUGACGAGUAACGACCCACUUGGCUCGGCGAACACUGAACAGCAUGUUGCAAGUUACGACAAAGGAGCUUUGCACUGUGUAUUUAAUGUCAUUUUCUUUCCUCUGCAGAGGGUUUAAGAAAUUUAGUUUCUUUUAUGAAUUCUUUUACUUUCUAAAGCCUGAAAACAGAGCCAAGAGGAGGUGCAGAAAACUAUCUUUUAUCUCAAACCACUUGAAUUACAACAUGCCGAAAGGUUAUUACGGAAUAUUUCCCCAAUGACCGCCCCCCAAAACCAGCUUUGAGUUAUUGCAAUUCCUCCGUUGAACUUGAGUGUCUGUACAAAAUUUCAUGGCAACCCAUCCAAUAUUAAUUGAGCAUGGCUACACUAGUAUUAUGUGUAGCCAUGUAAUAAAGUUGGGAAUGAAUAUCCAGUGUAUACAAACUGAAUUACUUACUGUGGUUGAGACUCCUCCUGUCCAUCCUCCUCCAAAAAUCUCACGGGGCUUUCCUCUCCCUGGUAGAGCUCCUCGACAUUUUUCCUUCCACUAUUUACAAAAUGACUACCGAAAAAUACGAAUGGUGGCAAAAAAACACUCCAAAACUCUCAGAAACAAUACUAAUACUACUGUUUACAACACCGAAACCAUUUGGAUGCAAUUGUUUUGUGGGAAAGGAUGUACACACCGCUGAAACACUGCUACAAUACUCAAAAGUUGUACUCACUCAGCUGCUGCGUUUCCUGCUCUGCUCACUUCCACCCCUCCCCCACAGCCAAUCCCGGCACUGGUUUCUACCAAUAAUACCGUAAUGUACCAUAUAUCACUGGAAAGCUCCGCUUCUCAGCUUUCAGAAUCCGUUGGAAUUACGUUGAUAGCGUUAGUGGUUGAGUAGUUACGGUAAUUAUGCAUGCCACUUUCUGUCUCCAGCGACAGGGUUCGUUUUAGAAGGGUUCUAAAUUGAAAUUACCAUAAUUUGUCUCAGAUUUCCUGAAUGAUUGUUUUAUGGUUGGUUCCAUCAGAUCGUACCAUCACAUGUUUGAUCUUUCUUAUUAUUUAUUACAGGAAAUAGAUGUUGAACUGUAUGCUGACCUGUCUUUGGUUCCUUUUUUUGUUUCAACCAUUACAGACCUACUGUCUAAUAUAAUUGAGAUAUAUAUAUAAUGUUUGGAAAACAUUUCCGCUUUCUUCUCAUUUACAAAAAAAAGACAAAAAUCCACCAUCCAUCCA